GUUCCCUUUCUAGCUUUCUGUGGAAGCCAUGCAGCCACAGCAUUGCUCAAACAGGAGCGGAUCACCCAUACCUUUUCUCGGCUUGGCACUCGUGCUGCUGAUCUCCUUGGCAUGUCCAGCCAGCUCUUGCACGGAGCAGGAGAAGAGCUCCCUUCUCCAGCUCCUUGCGGGUCUCUCGCGGGACGGCGGCCUCAAGGCGUUGUGGCGGAGCAACACGGACUGCUGCACGUGGGAAGGGAUCACCUGCAGCGGUCCCAGUAGGACGGUCACCGAUCUUUCGCUGGCUUCUCGAGGUCUCGAGGGGUACAUCUCUCCGUUCCUUGGAAACCUCACCGGCCUGUUGCGCCUCAACCUGUCGCGCAACUCGCUGUCCGGUGGCCUGCCAUCGGAAUUGGUGUCAUCAAGCAGCAUCAUUGUCCUUGACGUCAGCUUCAACCGCCUGACAGGAGGCCUGAGUGAGCUGCCAUCUUCAACCCCUGCCCGGCCUCUGCAGGUACUGAACAUCUCGAGCAACUUAUUUACAGGAAGGUUUCCAACUACGACAUGGGAGGUGAUGAAGAGCCUGGUCGUGCUCAAUGCCAGCACCAACAGUUUUACUGGGCAGAUACCAACUAAACCUUGUGUUAGUGCACCAUCUUUUGCUGUGCUUGAACUCAGUUUUAAUGAAUUCAGUGGAAACAUCCCACUGGGGAUAAGUAAUUGCUCCGUGCUGAAAUUUCUCAGCGCCGGCUACAACAACCUCAGUGGGACACUUCCAGAUGAACUCUUCAAGGUUACUUGGCUAGAGCACCUCUCAUUACCUAGCAACCGGUUAGAAGGAGUGAUCAAUGGCAUCAUCAAGCUCACAAAUCUGGUCAUCCUUGAUAUUGGGAAGAAUGAACUCAGUGGCAACAUUCCAGAUUCUAUAGGUGAGCUGAAGAGAUUGGAGGAGCUCCAUUUGGACAGCAAUAAGAUGUCAGGGGAGCUGCCAUCCGCUCUGAGCAACUGCACAAAUCUCGUGAUAAUUGACCUUAAGAGCAAUAACUUCAGUGGAGAACUUACCAAGGUCAACUUCUCAAGCCUGCCCAAUCUAAAGAAUUUAGAUCUUGUGUACAAUAACUUCACUGGCAGUAUUCCAGAAAGCAUAUACUCCUGCAGCAAGCUGACUGCACUACGGCUAUCUUACAAUCAGUUCCAUGGUCGAUUGUCUGAAAAAAUAGGCAAUCUGGAGUCCCUCUCAUUCCUAUCACUUGUUAAAAACUCUCUUACGAAUACUACAAGAACACUUCAGAUCCUUAGGGGUUGCAGGAACCUCACCACCCUUCUUCUUGGGUUCAACUUUCUGCAUGAGACCAUGCCAGAGGACGACGACAUUGGUGGGUUUGAGAACCUUCAGGUCUUUGCAAUGAAUGAUUGUUCAUUGUCUGGAGAAAUACCCCAUUGGUUAUCAAAGCUCACAAAUUUGGGGAUGAUAUUUUUACACAACAAUCAACUAACUGGAACAAUACCUGACUGGAUCAGCAGCCUAAACUUCCUCUUUUAUGUGGAUGUAUCAAACAACAGCCUUAGAGGGGAAAUUCCGACCGCCUUAAUGGAGAUGCAAAUGCUAGAAUCAGAUAAGACUGCACCAAAGGUCUUUGAGCUGCCUGUUUAUUUUAAGAGUCCGUUUAUCCAAUACCUCAUGCCCAGUGCUUUUCCUAAAGUACUGAAUCUAGGAAACAAUAGCUUCACUGGUCAGAUACCUGAGAAGAUUGGUCAGUUGAAAGCACUCAUUUCUCUCAACUUGAGCUCCAACAGAUUAUCUGGAGAGAUCCCGGAACCGAUUAGCAACCUCACGAACCUGCAGGUGCUUGACUUGUCCGGCAAUCAUCUCAGUGGUGCAAUUCCAGCUGCACUGAACAACUUGCACUUUCUUUCCAAAUUCAACAUUUCUAAUAAUGACCUAGAAGGACCUAUUCCAACUGUAGGCCAGCUUAGCACAUUUCCUAGUUCUAGCUUUGAUGGCAACCCAAAACUGUGUGGUCCUAUGCUUGUAAACUAUUGUGGUUCAGCUAAAACACCUCUGAUAACCCAGAAACGACGGAAAAAGAAGGGUGUCUUUGCACUUGCAUUUGGUGUAUUUUUUGGAGGGGUGGCCAUCCUAUUCUUGUUAGCUCGUCUCCUUGUCUUGUUCAGGGGCACAAGUUUCAUGAACCAAAAAAGGAGCAGCAACAAUGAUGACAUAGAAGACAAAUCUUCAGACUUCAACUCAGAAUACUCCUUGGUGAUGGUUCCACAAGGUAAGGGAGAAGAAAACAAACUCAAACUGACUGAUCUCCUGAAGGCUACAAAGAACUUUGACGAGGAUCAUAUCAUUGGCUCUGGAGGUUAUGGCCUAGUUUACAAGGCUGAGCUAUCUGAUGGCUCAAAGGUUGCCAUAAAAAAGCUCAAUAGUGAAAUGUGUCUGAUGGAAAGGGAGUUCAGUGCAGAGGUUGAUGCACUUUCCGUGGCACAGCAUGACAAUCUUGUACCAUUCUGGGGUUACUGCAUACAGGGACAUUCGAGACUCCUGAUAUACUCCUACAUGGAGAAUGGCAGCCUGGACGACUGGCUUCACAACAGGGACUGUGAUGCCAGCUCAUUUCUCGAUUGGCCGAUGCGGCUGAAGAUUGCCCAAGGAGCAAGUCAGGGUAUAUCCUACAUCCAUGAUGUAUGCAAGCCUCACAUUGUUCACCGUGACAUUAAGUCCAGCAACAUCUUACUAGACAAAGAAUUCAAAGCUUACGUUGCAGACUUUGGGCUAUCUAGAUUGAUCUUUCCUAACAAUACUCAUGUCUCGACUGAGUUAGUUGGUACUCUCGGUUACAUCCCACCUGAGUACGGGCAAGGAUGGGUGGCUACACUGAGAGGUGACAUGUACAGUUUUGGAGUGGUUCUGCUUGAGCUGCUAACGGGGAGGCGGCCUGUUCAGAUGUGUCCCAAGUCAAAAGAGCUUGUCCAGUGGGUACAGGAGAUGAGAUCCAAAGGGAAGCAGAUUGAAGUCCUGGAUCCAACACUUCGAGGCACGGGAUAUGAAGAGCAGAUGCUGGAGGUGCUUGAAGCUGCUUGCCGGUGUGUCGACCGUAAUCCUGGCAUGAGGCCAACUAUACAGGAGGUAGUAUCUUUCCUGAAUGGUGUAGAUGCUAACCUUCAGAAGCAAAAUUCAGUCAGCACACAAUGUAAUUAGCAAGUUAUACUGCAGUACAUAGAGUAGAUGUAUAGUUUUUUUGCAAAGAGCUACUAGUUCGGUUCUCACUGGCCUCAUUAGUUCUUCUGUACAGAUUGUGACAUGCCGCUGCUGCGGAACUCUUGUAAUUCAUCUCUGUUUUUCCUUUCUAUUUUUCGAAACACAAAUUAUGCAUGAUA